GUUUAAUAUUCCAACUAUUUUUCCAUUAUAAAUAUACACUCCUUCUCCUCUAAAAACCAUCAAUAUAAUACUUUCUCUCCUCUAAAAGAAAAAGAAACAAAAAUGACAAGCAGUGAGGUCAUCUCUACAACAACGGGGCAAAGGAGACUAGAGGGAAAGGUGGCCAUAAUAACCGGCGGUGCAAGCGGGAUUGGGGAAUGCACUGCAAAACUCUUUGUCCACCAUGGUGCCAAAGUAGUGGUUGCAGACAUCCAAGACGACCUCGGUCGUGCACUAUGCGCCAACGUGCUCGGCUCGACCAACUCCCUCUACGUUCACUGCGAUGUCACAGACGAAUCCCAAGUCCAAGCAGCAGUGGCAGCUGCAGUAGAAACCUUCGGCAAGCUCGACAUCAUGAUGAACAAUGCAGGCAUAGCCGACCCCAGCAAGCCUCGAAUCAUCGACAACGAUAAACAAGACUUUGAUCGAGUCCUCAGCGUCAACAUCACUGGUGUCUUCCUCGGCAUCAAACAUGCAGCACAGGCCAUGAUCCCAGUCAAAACUGGCUCCAUUUUAUCGACCGCAAGCGUGGCAUCAUAUAUCGGUGGCUCUGCAUCGCACGCUUACACAUGCUCGAAGCACGCAGUGGUUGGGCUAACGAAAAAUGCCGCGGUGGAGUUGGGGCAGUUUGGGAUUAGGGUAAAUUGCUUGUCGCCUUAUGUGUUGGCGACGCCGUUAGCAACGGAAUUUGUGGAUUUGGACGGGGCGGAGUUUGAGAAGUAUGCGAGUUCUAGGGCAAAUUUGAAAGGAGUAACACUUAAGGCUGAAGAUGUGGCUAAUGCAGCUUUGUUUUUGGCAAGUGAUGAAAGUAGGUAUGUGAGUGGCCAUAAUUUGUUUGUUGAUGGAGGUUUUAGUAUUGUUAAUCCUAAUAUCCAAAUCUUCCAAUACCCUCAAUAGGUGCUUGGUCCGAAGUGUUAAGAAUAAAGAUGAAAAAAUCUAAAUAUUAUUGUGUCAUGAAUUAAAUUGUAGCCUUUUCAUCUCAUAUAUUGUUUUCGUGGUUGUAUGCAGCUUUUUCCUAAUUGCUUUUUUGUACACUACGAAAUUUCGUGUAAUAAAUGAAACUGUAUUAAAGAAAUAACUAUAACGAUAGAUUUUAUAUUAUAAUACAUUUGAGUAAAGCUUGGAAUA